AUGUCUAAAAUACCCAAGAUGACCAAGUCAAUUAUUUUUGAAUUCUUAAUUAGCAAUACUCAAAUUAGCUUGGGUGACCUUUUCUUUGAUCAAUUAACAAUCGUAAGUUUCAACAAGAAUUAUUUGAACAAGAAAACCCAAGGAAUGUCUAAUAUCAUGUUAGGAGCCUGGAAAGAUCCUGUUGAGGACUGGCCCCAAUCUUGCACAGUCACACCUUGGCAUACGGACAGGGCUAGCGUAAAAACAGCCCUGCUAUGGGCCAGCUCUCAGAAGCACGAUGGAUCACGGGAAGGCCUUGAAGAUGAUGAUGAUGACUCUAGUGGAGAUGAGGUAGUUGUCGAUGACGACCCCACUGGAGAUGAGCUUCUGGUUGAUGACGCUUCCGGAGACGAGGAAGUUGCCUCUGAGGAUCCUGCUGGAGACGAGCUUGUUGUCGUUGAUGAACCCUCUGUAGAUGAGGUUGUGGUUGAUGAUGACCCCACUGGAGACGAUGAAGUUGACUCUGAGGCUCCUGCUGGAGACGAGUUAGUUGAAGACGAUGAUUCCAAUGGGAGCGAGGAAUUUGAACUCGUUGUGGUCGUUAUUGUUGAUCCCAAUGGGGAUGUCGUAUUUGACGUCGUGAUUGUUGUCUUUGUUGAUCCCAAUGGAGAUGAGGUAGUUGAAGACCUUGUGCUUGUAGCUGUAGACGAUGAAUCUGCAGCAUCGAAAACAGUUGACGAAGAAGUAGAAUCGGGAAGAAAGAUCGAUUCAGAAGGUGAAGGUGAGCUUUCUAAAGUAGAGGUUGGAGAUGAUGAAGAUGCUGAUCGAGUAUCCAGAACAGGUCUUGAUAGUGAUUCUGAUGAAGAGCUAUCAGGAAGCUCAAAGUCUGAUGACGGAAAAGAGCCUAUUGCGGAUGAACUAUCAGGAGGAGAGCUUGAGGAUGAUAAACUAUCAGGAAGAGAGCUUGAGGAUGAUGAACUAUUGGGAAGAGAGCUUGAGGAUGAUGAACUACUGGGAAGAGAGCUUGAGGAUGAUGAACUAUCAGGAAGAGAGCUUGAGGAUGAAGAGCUGUCACCAAGAGAGGUUGAGGACGAUGUCUUAUCAGGAAGAGAACUUGAAGAUGGUGAACUAUCAGGCAAAGAUCUUGAGGGUGAUGAUUGCAGAUCAACGGGACGAAAUGAUAUUGAUGACACAGGUGAAGAGGAAGGAGUCUCAGGAAGAAGGUUGUUUGAUGACGACGAAUCCUCAAGAAUGUUGCUAGAUAAUGUUGACGGAUCCGUCGAAGAAGUUGAUGGAUCAGGUUCUAUAGAGUUUGUAAGACUAGAAUUGGAACUAGACGAAUGA